CUCCUACUGUAGGUAUGGGUGUUGACGCGGUGAACACCACCAUAAGUACCUCCUUUGGCUACACCUUUCACAAUACAAAAAGUUCGCCUGUAACAUUCAAGGACACUGGUAUUGUUUUAAUUGCCGGAUAAGACAUCAAGGAGUCACCGAAUAGACCGGGUCGGAUUUUGAACCAGAUACCAAAGUUUGCUGUGGCUAGCAAAUGGCUCGGAUUGCCCUGCCAAGCAUCGGGUUUCUUUUGCUUCUCCUUCUAGCAGUUUUUAAACUAGAAGCCGAAGGAGCAAAAUCAUCAAGCCAGAGGAGAUGGAAAAGGGAAUGGGUUAUCCCUCCACAGAAGCUGGAAGAGAACGUCGAUCACACGAGGAAAGAUUAUGUCGCCAAGAUUCGAUCUGACCAAGAAAUUGAGGUGGACUGGAAGGGAGCACUGACUUACUCCUUGAAGGGAAUAGGUGCUACAGAAGACCCUGUAAACCUGUUUAUCGUUGAUCCCCACACCGGCUUUGUCAGAGUGACAGGCAUUUUGGACAGAGAGAAAAUUGCCAUGUUCAAUCUAUCUGGAGUCGCACGAUAUGCCAACGGAGACUAUGCAGAGAAAGACAUUCAGCUCCGCGUUAAAGUUUUGGAUCAGAACGACUGCGUCCCCAUAUUUAGUCCAAUGGUUUCCGGGUCCAUUGACGAAUUGAGUCUUCGAGACACAGUCAUCAUGAAUGUAGUUGCCAGAGACGAUGAUGAACCUGGCAAUGUAAAUUCAAAAGUAGCCUACAGCAUUAUAAAUCAGGAUCCGCCGGGAGAACAGAUGUUUCGCAUCAGCAAAGACGGACGUCUUUACGUCUGGUCCCCCAACCUGGAUCGAGAAAAAAUAGACCACUACGUGUUGACCAUAAGGGGAGCGGAUCUUUACGGCGAGCCGGGCGGGAACACCGCCACGGGAACCGUCACCGUCAGAAUCAACGAUGUGAACGACAACGCUCCGCGGCUGGACAGAGACCACUAUGAAGGGCGCAUCGACGAAAACACCCAGGAUGUGGAAGUCAUGAGGUUCAAGGCCCUCGACGAUGACAUCGUGAACACAGACAACUGGCUGGCGGAGUUCGACAUCGUUUCGGGAAACGAGGCCGGGUACUUCAAAAUCGAGACCGACCCCAAGACAAACGAGGGCGUUUUGAAGCUGGUCAAGCCAGUGGACUACGAAGACCUCCACGAGCUGGAUCUGCAGGUGGCGCUUGCUAACAAGGCCCCGUUCCAUCCUUCGGUGACGGCCGGCGCUGGCGCGGGGGCGACUAUAGGGUUGGGGGGGGGAGGGGGAGGAGGAGCGGGUGGCGGUGGCGGCGGCGGCGGCGGUGGCGGUGCGGGGGGCGGCGGCUCGUCGUGGAGCGGAGCCGGGGGAAGCGGCUCCUCGUCCGGCUUCGGGGGCAAGACCUACCCCGUCAAGAUCAACGUGAACAACCUGCCGGAGCCCCCCAGGUUCAACCCCAAGAUCAAGGCCGUGGCCAUCUCCGAGGACAGCAAGACGGUCAACCUCAAGGACGUGAUCGUCCGAUACCCCGCCAUGGACGGGGACACGGGAAAGGACGCCAAAAAUGUCAGAUACGUGAAGGGCUACGAUCCGGACAACUGGCUGGUGAUCGAUGAGGAGACCGCUGAAGUCCGACUCAACAAGCUGCCGGAUCGGGAGUCCAAGCACCUGGUCAAUGGAACUUACUUCGCAAAAAUACUUUGCAUUUCGCAAGACAUGCCCUCCAAGACGGCGACCGGCACCAUCGCAAUCCAGGUGGAGGACUACAACGACCACUGCCCCACGCUCACUACCACCUCCCAGUCUAUGUGCCUCGACGACAAAGUGGUCUUCGUCACCGCCGUUGACGAGGACGACUCCCCCCACGGGGCUCCCUUCGUGUUCACACUCGAUCCCAAGGGGACCAAGGGAGACUGGGUGGUGGAGCAUCUGAACGACACCACGGUGAUCCUGAGAGCUCACGAGGCCUUGUGGCCCGGGCCCUACGCCGUCUCCAUGGAGGUCGCAGACCAGCAGGGCCAGGUCUGUCCCGACAAGCAGGUCCUGACGGUGGACGUGUGCACCUGCGACGAGAAGAAUGUCUGCGGCGACAGGGAGGCGGGCACAGGCGCCUUGUUCGGGGGCCCCGCCAUCGGCCUGCUCAUCCUCGGCCUGCUGAUGCUUCUGUUGAUACCGCUCCUGCUGCUCUUCUGCAACUGUGGAGGCGCCGGGGCCGGCGGCAUAGGCGGCGGCUUCUCCGACAUGCCGUUCGACACCAAGGAGCACCUGAUCUCCUACCACACGGAGGGCAAAGGGGAGGACAAGGACGUCCCGGUGCUGAGCGCCCCCGUGGACUACGGCGGGGGGUACGUGCAGGCCAUGGACGCGGGAAAGGUCAACGCGGCCGGCGGCGCCGCCAUGGGCAUGGGCAUGGGCAUGGGCAUGGCGGGGGGGGCGGCGGCGGCCGGGGGGGCCUUCAUGGCCUCCGGCUCGGCGAUGGGCGGCGGCCACAUGGAGGUGGACUACAUGGCCCGGAAUGAAAUGAUGGCCCGGGAGUACAUGGGCGGGGCCAGCUACGAGCGAGAGGAAGGCAGCAUGUACAACGGGAUCGCCCUCUCCGAGGAGUACCUGGAACAGUACUACUCACAGAAAGCCAGCUGCGUGGCGGAAGGCUACCCGCUGCAGGACAGCCUGCUGAUGUACGACUGCGAGGGCAACGGCUCGGUCGCCGGCUCCGUGGGCUGCUGCAGCCUCCUGGAGACGGACGACGACCUGGGGUUCCUCAACGACCUGGGCCCCAAGUUCAAGACCCUGGCCUCCAUCUGCCGGGGCCGGGAGGUGGUGUCCGAGGCGGCCGCCGCGGUGGCCGUGGCCGCGCCCGCCCCCGCCCCCGUCGCCGCCGCCGCCGCCGUCGAGCAGCACGCCUCCUCUUCCCUGGCCGUCUUCAGCGAGCACUCGGCGAGCGCGGCCAACAUGGCCGCCGCGGCCAGCUCGGCCGCCGCGACGGCCAGCAGCGAGAUGAGCAUGGUGGCGGAGAGCAGCUACGCGGCGGCGCGGCCGACGGUUAACGUCCAGGAGAGCGUGAUGAUCCCCAACCAGGCCUACCUGGUCCAGCAGCCCAUGUACUACGCAGCCGCGCCCAUGCUGCAGCCCAUGCAGUACGUGAUGGAGCCCCAGGUGCAGGGCAUGUACGUGAUGAGCGACGCCCCCGUGGCCGAAACCAUGAUGGUGCAGGAGCACAGGGUGAUCGGGGGUCACGCCAUGCACGGCGGGGUGAUCGGGGGUGCCGCCAUGCACGGCGGGGUGAUCGGGGUGCAGCAGGGCACCCUGAACAGGGGCGAGAACGUCGUGCUGGUGGAGAGGCAGGUGGGCGCGGGGCAGGUGGUGCGAGAGGGGGGGAUGGGGAUGGGGAUGGGGAUGGGGAUGGUCGGGCACAACCAAGGGAUGGUGCUGGUGGAGGGUCAGAUGGGCGGAGGGCAGGUGCUGCAGGGGGGUCAGUCGUGGAUCCAGCAGGGCACCCUACAGAGGGGCCCCACCUACGGGUCCCAGAACAUCCUGCUGGUGGAGAGGGAGGGCGCGGCGGGCCAGGGCGUGCAGAACGGCAUAGUCACGCAAAGGAAGGAAGUCGUCAGGGAGCAGGCGACUUCGCGGAACCCCGCCUCUCUGGCGAACCAGUCUAGUCCAGCCCAGUUCUCCGGUGCGUCAGUCUCGCAGAAGGUAGUGGUGAAAGAGAAGAGGGUCAUCUCCAGUUGAAACUGAGAGCGCUCAGAACCACCAAACCGGUUCCCCUGUCGCUCUUGUCCUGGUAAUUAUUCACGGCUGCAUUAGAUAAUAAGCAAAUCCGGCACUUGGGCUGCAAUGAAAAGGAAUCCGGUCUACUUGGGAUUCCUUGGAACAGGCAUGAUGCCACUGGGUGUACUUUCACAGGGUUGAGGGUUCAAAACUCAUUUCUUCAAAAUGGUCUCCGCAAGACUUUACAGAUAUGUUGUAACAGUGCUGUAUAUCGUAAAUGUUGGGAUAUAGAAAAAGACGUAUUUCACAAAGGUGCACAUAUAUAUAUAGAAACAGUAAGAGAGAUAGAGCAAUAACAGAAAGUACCUAUACUUCCUUUAUUUGCUCAUUUGUAAUAUUGUAAUGUAUUUUAUUUCAAUAUAUAUUUUAGUACAUUUUCUUUUUGUAAGGGAGACAGUGUAAUGUCGACAGCUCAUGAAGCUCUAUAUUCUGAACAGACAUAGCACAUGCAAGCAAUCUGCCUUGCAUACAAGCUUUCAAAGUCAUUGUUCUCUUAACCUUUUUUUGCGUACUGACAUCUCAUACAAGAGGACCAUUUAAAAUUACAUUUUUACAAUUACUAUUUUCUCAUGCUUCUCAGAUUCUGCUCCUGAGAAAUAACCCUUCGCCUGCCUCACUAAGAUAACAAUAUUAGCCCUCGCAAUGUUCUUCAGCUACUCUCACUUCAGUGCUUUUUUUAUUUUUCUGCAAUUGACGAACCGCACGAUCCAAGGAAUAAACCCCACGAGAAAUCUACGAGCUCAGCAAUGAAGCGAUCUCAAAAUAAGACCUAUUUUUCUCAUGUGAUAAAUAAAGAAAAGGCUAUUUGUGAGCGGAAGAUUUUGUUUUCCUCCGGGUUAUUUUCCCAUGUUUUGAUAUUCGCCGCUGUUAGUCGAUUUGCUUGUUUUCCUGGUUGCUUUGGUUUUUUCAAGGCUGGGCACGCAGCUCCCGUGGAAUUCUUUGACUAGAGACUGCCUAUCUCGCGCCGAGCGACGCGAUUGGCUAUCGAGGGUUUCAAGGCGACCGCUAACGGCACAGUGAGUCGAUUGUUUCGAACGAGGAGGAGCUGGAAAACCCCAGAACCCAGAAAACCAGACCGUCCAGCUCCCCGGAACACGCGCUGCAUUGCCACAACAUGCCAGCCAUUAGUCAUAAAGGUAAUUAUGACUAAAGGUGACAAAUAAGAAAAAAGUUGGUAAAGAUCACAUGGAUGACAAACGGCGCUCAAUGCGUGUGCAAUAUAUUCGGAGAUAUGACUGUAAAUCAUAAGCCUUUUAGUCAUACCGCAUAUUUACAUUGGUAGUUCUCAGCAUUAAAAAAAACCCUGCUUUCCAAAUUUCUCUUCCCAUGUCACUAUGGUUGUUAAAAUUAGAAAUAUGCAAAAUAAUUGUACAGACCGAGGUCAGAGUGUGCAGGAUUUUAAUGUUGAACUCGAAUAUACUUGCCUAUGAUGGUAUUUGUCAGGCUUUUGGUUAUUUUUGUGUGUUUGGGGGGGAGGGGGGAUGGGCUGUUAAAGUAUUGUAUAUAUGUUCUUUUGGGUUCAGUAUAGGGUUUUCAUUAUUUUUAUACAUUUUUCUAUUUAAUACUUUAGAGAAAUUAAUUGCUGCAUUUUUGUAAAAUGAUGAUUGAUUUUGUAGUUUGUUUUUAUGGGAAUUAUUAUUAUUUCAUUUAUCUACAGGACUGUGUUAAAGUUGAUUUGUUCCUUUUCCAGUUUGAAAUAGUACUUUGCUAAUAUUGAUUCUGUCUCGAGCCUUCACCAUUGUAAGACCUUCCUGUGCAUCGCAGUCCUUGCAUUUUGGCUGAGUGAUUAAUUUACAAUGUGCUGCAUGUGUCUUUUGCAAAAAGGAAAUAGGCAAACGUGCAAACCUUUUUAUGUUUCACACUUUACACUGAUGACUUUUUGCCUGUAAGCUCCAAGAACAAUAAAGAUGCUCUUUUUU